GUUUUUCUUAUAAAAUUUAUGUACCAUAGAGAAAUUAUGUAUCGUAAAAAAUUAUAAAUAUAAUCUGGUCACACUGCCGCCAUUUUUGACCGUCCUUUCGUGCCAGUUUGACAGUUCAACGAGCACAUUUUGCUGAGUUGAAAAAAAUGCAGAUCUUCGUAAAAACCCUAACGGGUAAGACCAUCACCCUUGAGGUGGAGGCCUCUGACACCAUCGAAAAUGUUAAAGCAAAAAUUCAAGAUAAGGAGGGAAUCCCUCCUGACCAGCAACGAUUGAUCUUCGCUGGCAAACAGUUAGAGGAUGGCCGUACUCUUUCAGACUACAACAUACAGAAGGAAUCUACUCUUCACUUGGUACUGAGGCUUCGUGGAGGUACCAUUGAGCCCUCUCUUCGUAUUUUGGCUAUGAAGUACAACUGUGACAAGAUGAUCUGUCGUAAAUGUUACGCCAGACUCCACCCCCGUGCCACCAACUGCCGCAAGAAGAAGUGUGGACACACUAACAACCUCCGCCCCAAGAAGAAGAUCAAGGAUUAAAUCUUAUCUCCUAUAUUUUUUAAAAAGUCUGGUUUAUGAUUUAAAUUAAAAAAU